UCAGUUGGAUAUAAGGAGCUUUUUUUUCACAUCGGUCAUUACAUCAGUUCGUGUUAUCAGCUGAAGAAUUAUCACAUCAUCAUGAAAGUAGCAAUCGCCCUGUUCGCUCUCGUAGCCGUAGCCGUAGCUGCGCCCCAAUCCAACCUAGACAAAGAUGCCCAAGUGUUAAAAUAUGAAAAUGAUAACAUUGGAGUCGAAGGAUUUAACUGGGCGGUAGAAACUAGUAACGGUAUCUCCCAACAAGAACAAGGACAAUUGAUCAACGCCGGAUCUGAAAACGAAGCUAUCGCUGUCCGUGGUUCGUUCAGAUACACCGCCGCUGACGGUCAAGUCUAUGAAGUGACAUACGUAGCUGACGAAAACGGUUUCCAGCCGCAAGGAGCUCAUUUACCCGUUGCACCUCAAUAAGUUCUUAGCGUUAAUUUUUUUUGUUAGAAAAUAAAUGAUAAAAGUUUAAAA